CCCCCGCGAACGCAUCGCACGCAUCGCAACACUGAAGGUCAGUGACGCGAAGGACCAGCUAACGUCGUGUCGCAUUGGCGUGCCUGUGUUCUUACAGCGCAGCGCGAUACAUGGAGACAAGCGCACCACAGGCUGCAAUCAGGAGCGAUGAUGAAGAUCCUCGUGCGUCAUGGCACGCCCAUGGAGAUCCCCCCUGCUGUGCACGACGGUGCCCGAGGAGGAGGCUCAGGCCAGGUGCCGUCAUCAUGUGCCUCGCUGCGUGGCUCUUCGGCAUUCGACUGGGCGAUGCUUUCCGGCACCCAGUACCGAGGCGAAGGGAAAAGCAAACUGCUGGAUCAAAGAGGUCGGGACGGGGCAACGCAACGCAAGCAGCGUCACGAGUGCUAGUGGUUCAUGGCAUUUCUGUUCUCAGAACCGACUCGAGGUCUCGGCGCUGGCUCAAGAUGACUGGCGCUGUCGCAGAGCUUCCAUGCGCCACAGCUGAAGAGCAGUCUUUGUCUGCCACAUCUUCGUCCUCCAGCGGAAAAAAUUGGUCUCCUUCAUCCCUUGCUGUCGGCCAUGAUGAUACAGCUGACACACCUGUCUACCAGUGGGAGGACGGCCCUCAGGGGUAUUUUCUCCGCAAAGUGCGACGGAAACGAGGGCAGGGAGAGACGCACGAGGAUAAGGGGCCUUUUAGGGCUGGCCUCUCCGGCACGGCGACAUAUCCUUCAUCUCAGCUGGAUGACCUGAGCAUCUCUCUAGACCUGCUGGCUCAAGACCUGGAUCCAUUCAGCGAUGCCACUAGUCUUGUGGCGGCAGCGGAGAAGCCAACGAAGACGCCUUCGUCUCCAUCUCUGAGGGAAGCACAGCCGACACCUGACAGAGAGACCGCAUUGGCCAACCGGUCAGCCUCCUUGUCUCCCGCCCUCAUCGAGCUUCAUCACGUGGCCAAGCCGCCCGUCCCCUCCGCCCCCCUGGACGCCCCUCUCGCUCCCCCCUUGUCUGGCCCCAUCCGCCCCCCUGCAUUCACGCAAUCCCUCCCUAAGCUAGGGAGCAGCUCAGCCAAGGGCGAGACUGCAGCUGCGCCGUCGCCACUGACCAUCCAGCAACAGCAAACGUCGCUCAAGACGACAACGGACACCCUGAGUGGCGGGGGGCUGGCUGUCGAUCUGAGAGACACGGUGCUGCAGGAGGAGCUCAAGGGUCGACUGGGGGCGGUGCUUGGCUUUCCUAGCCCGGAUAGUGGGGAGUAUGAGGUUGAUUUGAUCGGCGAGGAGGAGUGGGGCUGGUGGUGGAAGCGCAUGGAGAAGAAGGUGGGCAGCUACUUCAGCGACGAACAGGUUGACAAACUCAAAACGGCUCUCAAGGUACGUACAGCACAAGGCUGACAGCUAACACCCACCACAAGCAAACACGGCUCCCUGUUUGUUGUUUUGUGUGUCGAUCAGUUUUCUCUGAACGUCCAUUAUGCGGCCGCCCUGCAGCUCGAGGCUCACCUGGGCUCCUUCACUCCGUUCCCAUCUUCUCUCUUUGCAGAGGGCAGCAGUGAGUGGCAGAGCGGCGACGGCCUUCUUGGCUCACAGCUGCAGCGCCUCUCGCCACCUCUCAUCCCGCCAUGCAUGAGAGGCUUCAACAGGACAGCACAGGCCAAGACGCCAGCAGCUGGUCAUGUGGGAAAGGGGCUUCUGGCGCCGUGCCCGAGCGGCAGGCCACCGGUGGAGCUGUUCGGGUGGCUGACGGGGCUCGUCGAGAAAGCUUCCUUCCUCGCUGACUUCCGGCAGGAUGACACGACCAUUAUUGCGUCCAUACUCAGGAGUACGGUGGAGAACGUGCAGCUCGAUAUGGACAGGGUAAAGAAGGAGAGAGAGCGCACGGGUGGGGUGGACAGACAGCACAGCACAGCACAGCACAUGAAUGCAUUCUGGCCUUGGCCUGUGCAUGCAGAUCGAGCGUGUUUUUGGAGUGGCGAUGCGUCGUUUGGUGGAGAGCACCCUCCAGCUUGCUGUUUGGCCCAGCUUGUAUCAGCAACAAACGGCUGCUGACCUCUCAGCCUUUGCUGCGAUGCGGCAGACAUCCCCUCUGGCUGCGUCUGAGACGAGCGGAGGCGUCAAGAGUGUCGAGGAAGAGAGCGAGCAGCAGCCGGACGCACUCAAGAAGCUUUGCAAGAGGAGACAAGAGCAGGUACCUCAUGGCACCAUGACGAGACGAAGGAGCCAGCUCUUUUGACUGGUGGAUGUUUCGUUCUGUCUCUGUGAUAAACGUCUUUCAGUUGGAUACGGUUCAGUGUGGCAUGAUAGGCUUCAGCGAGGACCCCCGAGCUCUCGUUGUACAAGCUGCUGACUCCCUGUAUCAGCUGCAGAACGAAAAGGUCAGCCAGGACACAUCAAUGCCCUUUGCCAGGAGUCGCUAUCGACGGUUUCUCUCCCGUGUGUUCUGUCAGGCCGUCGAGCAGCGGCGUGCUCUUGCGCAGACAAUCCUGGACAUCUUCUCACCGAUGGCGCACACGUUUCUGGGCGUCUACGACCUCAAGUGUGCCCUCGAGGACACCGCCUUUGCCGUGCUCUAUCCAGAGGAGUACAAGAGGCUCUCCACAAUGGUGCGACGCAAGGAGAGGUUUUUCCAGAAGGUAGACUGACAUGAAUGAUGGAAUGCACGAGUCUUCACGCCCCUACAUCGUCGGCCGAUGGAUCAGACAUUUGUCGAGACGAAGCGUCACCUAGAGUCCGUCUUAGCUCGCGAGUUGCCCCAGUACGGCGUCAAGUGGUCGAUAAGUUGGCGAAGGAAGGGCCUCUAUUCGUUGUGGCAGAAGCUGCAGAGAAGACGCAAGCUCAUGGGCGAGCAAGGCAGCGGUCUUCGGAAUAAGGAUGUGGCGCAUCCCAGCCACAUAGAGGAUUUAGUGGCGUUCAGAAUUGUCCUCACCCGCAACGAUUCAUCUGACGCUCACAAGUAAGGCGAAGGCGAGGCCACACUCUAAAAGAGAGUGCACUGGUCCUUCCCUCGACCGUCUGUCUGUCUGUCUGUCCGUGUCAGUGAGAUUGCCGUCUCUGACGCAUGGCGUCGCGAUGGGUCGGCGCUGUGUUAUCACGUGCUGGGGCUGGUGCAGAAGCUCGAGGGAAAUGAGCCGACCAACGCCACCAAAGAAUUCAAAGUAAGUUGCUUGAAUGCCACCCCGCACGUCACUGGAUGGCAUUUGUGCAACGUAUUCACCCCGCGCUUUUCAGGCUCUUGAUGCUCCUCGCUUAUCGUACGACCAGUUCCGCGAGGGACUGCAACGCAACAACAUACGAUUGCCGGAACAAGAAGUGAGGAGAAACGCCGCGCACCGAGUCCCCCUGGGACGGAUCGUCACUGCACUUGUUGCCCUUUUUGUCGUUGGCCAGAUUCGUUCACUCCACAGUGGAUGGGUGAAGGAUUACAUCAGUUUCCCCAAGUACAACGGGUAUCAGUCACUGCACACCGUCAUCAAACGAGAGGGACUGAUAGAAGUGCAGGUACGCACGGCAGAGACCAACGAGACGGCACGUGUGAGUGUGCGUCGCACUCACCGACCGGCUUCCUCUGUGCCUUGGGGCAGGUCCGUACCGACUGGAUGCAUCGAAUGGCUGAGCACGGCCCGGCUGCUCACUGGGGCUACAAGACGCUCAGCACAAAGCUCACAUCAGACCCGGAGCAACCAAUCAACGGCCUUGGCUCCCCCUCCGUCCUCCCUCUCCACUCAUACCGUCUUGAGAGCCUCCGCAGAUUUGUCAAGGAUUGGCGACAGCAGCAACAGCGGCAGCGAGAGACGGGCAAGAAGCCCCCCGGUGUGAAGGACCCGCGCGAGGUUGGCAUGGCGAGCUGCUUCAGAGAUGUCGGCCACUUCUAUGACGCCUUCAAGAAAGAGGUGGGCGACCAGCCUGGCAUCACAAUGACACCACUCCUCACACUCUGAUGUGCUGUCUGUCUGUCUGUGGUUCUUCACUCAUUGCGACUAUGGUUGCAGUUUUGCAGUAAGCGGGUGUUCUGGUUCGACAAGGACUUCGGGCCGAUGAGUUUGCCACAGGGAUCCACGGUCGUCGACGCGGCGUGUGACAUCCACGACGACGUGAUGCUCCACAUGACGGGCGCCCUGGUCAACGGACACAGGGUCAAGCCGACCUACGAGCUACAGCACUUCGACCACGUCGAGAUCAUCACCCACCCCGACGCCAUGCCCUCUCCACAGUGGCUCAAGUGCGCCAACAGGCCGUCGACCAAGCGGACGCUGCGAGAUUUCUUCAAGAAGGAGGCAGCAACCGAGGGUCGCGUCAUGUCUCUGGCCUACCUCGAGAAUGACACACUUGGCAGUGCACCGUUCGGCCAGGUGCACUUGGCGGAGGACAGCGACAGCGGCGCGUCUGCCUCGUGGAUGCCCCACUGGUCGGACGUGGGUCUGCUGGUCGGCGCCCGCAUGCACACAGAGGACCUCAAGGCUCUGGCGCAAGUGAGGGGAGAAGAAGCGACUGAAGAGGCAUCCACAGCCACCAAUUCGCGGCCUGCCCGCCCACUUGCCAGCGACCACCCCCAGCCCUCUUCUCAGCACGUGUCAGUCAUCCAGAGCGACUCCCAGCUGCUGGAGAGCGAGGUGCUCAGGAGCAGAGGGGACGGCAAGAGGAAGAAGGACAGCGAGAGCGAUGACAAGGAGAAGAGCCAGCUGGUGGUGGAUGCACUCAUGCAGGAGCUCAUCGCUGCCAAGACUAAGUACGACUCUCUGGAAGAUUUUUACGCGGAUGCUGCCCAGCGGCUGUGCUCCAACCCGUCAUGUAACGUGCUGGGCUGCGAGGCGACACGCAACGACAGCCAGAGCGAGGCUUCUGCUGCGCUUGCGGUGCCCCCCAAGUACUGCACCAAGGAGGUGGAUGACACACUUGCGGCCAUGUUCAACCUGCAACACCAGGUAGGUACCUACACAUACAGAUGCCAUGGAGGGAGGGACAUGCAAGCCAUUCAUGCUAGCCAAACCUGAUGUGCUAUGCGAUCUCCUCCUGUCCGUGUGUAUAUGUGUGAUGCAGGGAGUCAUGACGGUCGUGAAUGGCGCGUCUGUGCCGGAGACCUUCCCUCGUGACGUCGGCGACGAGGACCGAUUCGUCAUCGUUCACCCGCGUGACGCCAGGCUGCCGUUCUGGGAAGGAGGGGACACAGGCGCUGAUCCACGCGACGCCGUUCCCCGCUCUGCCAGUGACGUACAAGAGGUGUGGCAAGUGGAUGGCUUUCUGGCCGAGACAGCCAAGUCCUUCCGUGACGAGACCUCUGCUGCUCUGAGUGCGGAUGCCGGCGCGGCCCAGGACGACGGGGGAGAGGACGGAGAAGCGGCUCCGAAGCUGUCCAAGAAGAGGGCGCAGCGGAUACAGCUGGGCCGCUGGCUUGUGCGUGACGCACUGGCGCGGCUGGACACCAUCACUGGUCAGAACAUCACCGUCACGAUGGGCCGGUACAUCCGCGCAUCGCGACUGCCGGCCGCCACCAGCGAGCUCCUCAAAUCCUUCCAACUCGACCUAGCGCGGCGCAGCCUGUCGGCCCUCAACCGGUACCUGGACCAGUUCCCGCAGUGGGUCCGUCACCGGCUGCAGACCAUCCCGGGUGGACAGUCGACCGCCAGCAUGCCGUCGCCCAUCAGCUUUCCGACCCUGCGAGACCUGUUCAUCCUUUUCAGGGACGUCCAGUCCCUGCGGCAGAAGGAGGCACAAUGGGGAGGCAAGGAGGCGGAGUGUCCGUCGCUAGGGUCCAUCAUUGAGGGCAUCUACGCGCCACUCAGGAGGCCGUCCAAACUCAAGACGGCCAAGGUCUUCACGGCUGCCAACGAGACGGAAACCUCAACCCCAGUCGGUGCCCCUGCCUCACAGCCGGGCGACGCCAUUGUGAGGCGGCAGAGGAGACGGAAGGCCCGUCCGCACGGGCUGCUCAAGGACAAGCUGCACCAGGAGCUGGGCCUGAAGAGACACAGCAAGCAGCGGCGGAAGGAGGUGGGCAAGAUUGACGUGGGUGUCGACGGCCAGUUGUCGCUGUGGUCCCCCUCCAUGGAGAUGCAGCAGCAGGACCACCAGCAGGGUGGUCCAUUCCCGUCCUCGGCUUCUGUGUACCGGGACGUCACGGGAAGCCGCAGGCAGUUUGUCGAGAAGGCCUUGCAGGAGAUCUUCGCCGGCAGUCAGUCCGAGCAGGAGCCGCCGGCCAUGACGCGGAAGGAAAAGAGGGUACCAGUGGGCGUCUGAUGCCACCGGUCGGUCGUUCGGUCUGUGUUGGUGUGGGCAAUACAUACACGUGUGCAUUGGUACUACUCUGGUGGUUUGGCGGAAUGCAGUGGCU